AUGACGGACACGGCACGUAACUUGCUUCACAAUUACUGUCAUGUUCAUCAUCCUAUUAUUCUAGGCAUUAUUGAGCCUAAGACUAACUUUCUUCAUAUUCCGACCUCAUUCUGGAACUCUAUCAAUUUGACUCCUUUCCAUCAAAAUGAUCGCGCCCCUCAUGCUUCCAACAUCUGGAUUCUCAUCGCCAACGGGGUUACCUGCUCGUUGAUUAUGUCCACGGAGCAGAUGGUUAUUUUUGACAUCUUGUUUUCUAGCUAUUCUUUCAGAGUGGCUAUUGUUCACGGAAGUUGUAAUUAUAUCACUCGCAGGAUUCUUUGGGAUGAUAUCUCUUCUUGUAUGGUCCCUCAAAUGGUGAUUCUUGGGGACUUUAAUGCUGUGCUUGGAGCUCAUGAGCGGCGUGGACGCAGGUUUCCCAGCCGUGCUUCCUGUAGAGAUUUUCAAGCUUUCAUCGAUCGCCAUACUCUCAUUCAAGCUCCCACCUCUGGGCCUUUUUUUACUUGGACGGACAGGCGUAAAUUUCCUAUGACUACUGAGUCUGUCCUGGACCGCACUCUUUUCUCAGAGGAUUUUGCUACGCAAUGGCAUUCUACUGAGAGCCGGGUGUUGCCUCGUCUUGGCUCUGACCAUGCUCCUAUUUUGUUUAAAUGUUCCACUCCUCCUAAUACCUAUGGCGCCCGUCCUUUUCGUUUCCUGAACAUGUGGAGUUCUCACUCUGAUUUUAUUCCAAUGGUUCAGCGUUCUUGGGCUCCUGUUGUUGACACGAACUGCCCCAUGGUGCGUAUGAUGCACAAGUUGAAACGUUUGAGGAAAGAGCUCAAAAUGUGGAAUAAAUCCACUUUUGGGAACUUCAACACUUCGCUUGAGGAACUCUAUAAUAAGCUCUCUUCUCUUCAGGCACAUAUCGAUAAUGUUGGCUAUUCUGAGACGCUCUUUGAUCAAGAAGUUGAGCUUGAAGCCUCUAUCUCGGUCAUGCUCUCUCGGCAAGAGAACCUACUUCGCCAGAAAAGCAGAAUUCGAUGGCUCCAGGAUGGCGAUCGAAAUACAAAGUUUUAUCAUAACAUGUUGAGAAUGAAGCGCGCUAGCCAUACUAUCAAGCAUCUUGAGAUUAACGACGUCCUGGUUGAAGAUCAUAACACUUUGGCGUCUCAUGUGGAAAACUUUUAUAAAUCUCUUUUUGCGGCGGAUAUCAAUCCUGGGGCCGAUCUUUCGUGGAUUGCUAAUUAUAUCCCCAAUAGCCUCACUUUGGAACAUAAAUCGGCUUUGGUUACUUGUCCGACUGCGACGGAGAUCAAAGCGGUGGUCUUUGCUAUGGACAAAGAUAGCGCUCCCGGCCCGGAUGGCUUUGGAGGUACUUUCUAUCGUUCCGCUUGGGAAAUUAUUGAGCAUGAUUUCACCUCCGCCAUCAGAAGAUUCUUCACUCAUCAUUAUCUCCCUUCGGGUCUCAAUUCCAAUACUCUGAGCCUUCUUCCCAAGAAAGUUAAUGCCAAGGUUAUCUCUGACUAUCGGCCCAUCGUUCUUGGCAAUUUCUUUUUCAAAGUUAUUUCCAAGAUUCUGGCAAUCCGACUGAAUGCUGCUGCUGCCACCAUCGUCUCCAACAACCAAUUUGGCUUUAUUUUGGGACGUUCUAUUCAUGAGUGCAUCACUCUUGCCUCAGAAGGGGCGAACUGCAUGGAGAGAUCUUUACACGGCAAAAACAUGGCUCUUAAAGUCGACAUUCAUAAGGCCUUUGAUACGCUUAGAUGGGAUUUUAUUCUGUUCGUGCUUCAACAGUUUGGCUUCCCCAAUAUUUUCUGCUCUUGGAUCAAAACUAUUCUAAGCUCGGCUCGUAUCUCUAUUCGGUUCAAUAGUGCUCUCUAUGGCUAUUUCGAAUGCGGUCGGGGAGUAAGACAAGGAGAUCCUUUGUCUCCCAUUCUUUUUGCCUUGGCGGAAGAUGUUCUUAGCCGUAUUUUUCUGGAUGCGGGUAAUCGGGGUUUAAUUGCCGGCAUGCGUUUCUCGAGAUCUUUGAGUUUCCCUUCUCAUCUGCUUUACGCUGACGAUGUGCUCAUGUUCUGUCAGGCCUCCAAGCGUAAUUGCAUUAUGAUUGACUCGAUUAUUCAGCUCUAUGCCACGGUCUCUGGUCAAUAUUGUAACAAGAAUAAGUCUACUCUUUACUUCGGGAAAGGGGUGUCGCCCGGGCGACGUUCUACGCUCCAACGGAUUUUGGACUUCAACAUUGGCUCCAUGCCUUUCACAUACUUGGGAGUGCCUAUUUUCUCGGGUCGACCUUCUUGCGCUAAACUUCGACCUAUCUUUGAUCGGAUUCUUGCACAUUUCCCUAGGUGGCAAGGUAGUCAACUCUCUAUGGCGGGCAGGCUCUGCUUAGUUUCUUCUGUUAUCAACAGUGCUGCGGUACAUAGUAUGCUGGUUUAUAAAUGGCCGGUGAAACUUCUGCAUGAUCUUGACAGAGCUUGUAGAUCGUUCAUCUGGACUGGGAGUACUAUGAAGAAACCUUCUUUUUCUGUGAGUUGGAUCAGAGCUCGUGCUCUGAAGGAACAUGGCGGCAUUGGAGUCAAAUCUUUCUCUGACAUCAAUAAUAGUUUCAUGUUUCGGCUAGGUUGGUAUAUUCUGAACAUGAACAGCUUCGGCUAUCGGCUGCUUCGUCAGAAAUAUCUCACUCAGACCAUGGAUUGGGCUUCCCAAUGGGCGAGUUCGUCGAUUUGGACUGGUGUUAGAAGGACGAUUCGGGAGAUUGUUUCGGAUACCUUCUGCACGAUUGGCAAUGGAGAUACGAUUUAUUUUUGGAGAGAUAAUUGGCUCGGGUAUCGGCUGAUCGACAAACUUCAUAUUCCGGAGUUCAUGACACCCUUUUUCUCUCAGAAGAUUUCAGACUUCUUCUUUAAUAAUAAGUGGCACCUCACUUAUAGUUUUAUUCAGUCUUUCCCGCGCAUUGCUCUCGACAUCAUAUCUACCCCCAUUCCUGGAUUGACGGACGACAGAUCCUGGAUACACUCGGGUUUCGGAAACAUUACUGCUGCUUCGGCCUUUGCUCACAUUCGACCUCAGUUCCCUAAGGUCGACUGGGGAUCCUGGAUUUGGGCCCCUUUUAUCCCUGCUCGACGAUCUCUCUUUGUCUGGCGCACUAUUGUUGGCAAGCUCCCUACCUUUGAUAUGAAUCGCCUCCUUGGUUUUCAGGGGCCUAACCGCUGCCCUUUAUGCUCGGCAGCAGAAGAGACGAUGGAUCACGUUCUGUUGAACUGCUCCUUCUCGGCUUCUAUUUGGGUGGAUGUCUUUCGUUGGUUUUUGAUUGAGCAAACUUUACCGUUGGACGUGGGCAGCAUGAUUCGCUUCUCUAUCCACCAGAAUAACAGCAAACAAGUUGGCAAUUUGUGGAAAGUUGGGGUGGUCUCUCUCCUCUGGAGUCUCUGGUCUCACCGCAACAACGUCAUACACAACAAUUUAGCACCUUCGCGCCACCUCAUUCUCAAGCAGGUCCGGGUUUUUCUUUGUGAAGCUGCCAACAAUUUCGUCCUUGGCACUAUGGCCAACUCGGUUACUGAUCUACUCAUUCUUAAGAAUCUUUCCAUCGCUGGACAACCCAGGAAGCCUUUCUCCUUUAUUUACGUUGCUUGGCACCUUCCCCCGCCGUCUUGGAUUAAAGUUAAUACUGAUGGCUCGGUCCGUGAAGGGAGGAUUCAUGCGGGGGGCGUCUUUAGGAAUGCCUUCAACGACGUUCUUGGUUGUUAUCAUUUUUCAGGCGGCCAUGGGGUUGCGUUCGAAGCAGAGCUUUUAGCUAUUAUUAUUGCGAUUGAAUCUGCACAUCGCGCCAAAUGGGAGAGAGUUUGUGGUGAUGUUGAAACUGGGUUAUGCUCAAAUUGGGCGCGGAAAAUUAAAGAUGCUGUUGAUUUGUUUGGGAACAUGAUGGAAGCUAGUAUUGAAGCUGAUCACAUAACCUUUGUUGCUGUCUUAACCGCCUGCAGUCAUUCUGGAUUAGUAGAUACUGGUUUGAAGCUGUUCAAAUCAAUGCAACAAGAAUAUGAUGUAAAGCCACUUAGUGAUCACUAUAUAUACUUGCAUAGUCGACACCCUGGCCGGUUCAAUGAAGUUGAAGAAAUCAUAGAAAAAAUGCCGUGCAGAGAUGAUCCUAUUGUUUGGGAGGUUUUGCUCAGCUCUUGUAGGGUUCAUGCCAAUAUAAACUUGGCAACAAGGGCUGCGGACGAGCUUUUCCGGUUGGACACCGGUAAUUCUGCCCCUUACUCCCUCCUAGCCAAUAUGUAUUCGUCAUUACAUAGAUGGGAUGAUGUUAAAGAUGUUCGAGAUAUAAUGGGAAGGCAGCAGGUUACAGCUGGGUUUGAAACAUGUGAUAUAUCCGAGGAAGCAGGUUGUGGUCAGAAAUGGAGACCUGACCACACCUGA